UAAUGAUAAAGAAAUAACCAACAAAACAAGCCACUAGGAUGUAAACUCAAGCUAAUGAUUAAUAAGAAGUUAUAGCAGUAAAUUAAUUUUAUAAUGAUUAAAGCAAAGUCAGCAAGCAGCUAAAUACACUUUAAAUUAAAUAGUCGGUAAUGGAACAUUUGGAAUGGUUUAUUUGGUAUAUGAUAUUAAUAUAGUAUAGGCUACAAACAGUUAAACUAAUGAAAAGGUGGCAAUUAAAAAAGUGUUUUAGGAUAAAAGAUAUAAGAAUAGGGAACACUUGAUAAUUUAAGAGUUGAAUCAUCCAUGUGUUAUAAAAUUGAAGGAAGCUUUUUUUACAUAAGGAGACAAGGUAAAUGUUUAUUAAUAGGAAAGGGUGAUGACGUGUAUUUGAAUUUGGUAAUGGACUACAUUCCUGAUACGUUAAGCAAGGUUAUUAGAUAUUACAAAAAAGCAAAACAACCAUUUCCUGCUGUUCUAUUAAAAAUUUAUAGUUACUAGAUGUUUAGAGCAUUAGCCUAUUUAGAAGGUAUUAAUGAUAAAUAUCAAAUAGGGAUCGGUAUUUGCCAUAGAGAUAUAAAACCAUAGAAUAUUCUUGUAGAUCCAAAUUCGCAUGUUUUGAAAAUAUGUGAUUUUGGGUCAGCCAAAAGAUUGUAAAAGGGAGAGCCUAAUGUGGCCUAUAUAUGUUCAAGAUAUUAUAGAGCCCCUGAAUUAAUAUUUGGAGCAACAGAAUAUAGUACAGCAAUAGAUACUUGGUCAAUUGGUUGUGUGAUAGCAGAAAUGUUAAUUGGAGAACCAUUGUUUCCUGGAGAAAGUGCCACUGAUUAACUUGUAGAGAUUAUAAAAAUAUUGGGUACUCCUACUGUUGAAUAAGUCAAAUAAAUGAACCCUAUGCAUAAGGAAUUUAAAUUCCCUCAGAUUAAAAAUCAUCCAUGGAAUAAAGUAUGAAUUUCAGUUUUAGAAUUCAAUUUAGGUAUUCUAGAAGUUCAAACCUGAUCCAUUAUUUGUUGAUUUAAUAUCAAAAAUAAUGUUAUAUCCUCCAAGAGAAAGAUUGAGACCAUUGGAAGCAUUGUCUCAUCCAUUUUUUAAUGAAAUAAGAGACGAAAAGUUUGGUGUUCCAAAUGUAAAAUUACCAAACUUUUUUGAUUUCACUAAAGGUAUAAAACUAAUUAGUAUUUCAUAGAGGAAUUGGGAAUACAGCCUGAAAUAGCAUUUAAAUUAACUCCAUAGUGGUAUUAGUAAAAGAGGAUAUGAA